GCCAGCCAGCCAGUGUCAGUGCGCACUCAUACAUCGAGCUGUGUGGACGGGAGAACACACAUCUGUCUCGCUGCAGCCGCCUCACUUCCCCGCCUCUCUGCUUCACACCGGCGCGGGUUUGCCUGUUAGUGCGUCUGUGACUGGAAGCACGGGUCCUGUCACGCCAGUUCCUGCUGUCCCGUGGCUUGUGUUCACGUUACUCGCAGCAGCACAGAGGAAAAAGAUAGUUUAAUACAUUUAGCGAGUGUGUCUUCCGCUGGGUACCGUCUUUUGCCUCUAUCUCGUCCCUCGCCGCCACUUAAGGACAUGGGGGAGGUCUGAAGGAUUUCCAGGGCACAUCAUGGACUGCACAGGCUAAAAACACCCUUAAAAACCCGUGUCACUUCAACUGGAGCCCUUUGAACAUGGUGAAGAUGCAGCGCGGAACAACACCCUUAAAAACUAGUGUCACUUCAACUGGAGCCCUUUGAAAAUGGUGAAGGUGCAGUACCAUUGCGGUGGGCGGUGAUGGUGGGCGGAUAGCCUCUGCAGCAGCAGCAGCAGCAGCAGCAGCAGCGGUAGCAGCCGGCGCCAGGAUGCCACGGGUGUCGCUGCGGCGUGGCCUGCUGUACCUGUCGGCAGCCACCACCUGCUCCCUGCUGGUGGUGACGGUGCACCAGCCUGGGACCGCCUGGCUCAGCCCCGCGCCGCCGCCCUCCCAGCUCACACUGCCCCGCGCGCCGCACCUCGACCACCCCGUUCUGGAGCUGGACGACGCAGCGGAGGCGCGGCCCAGUGCGGACGGUGACGGCGACGCCGACGGAGAUGAGCAGAGCGUGGCGAGGGCCCUGCUGCCUAUGCCGCGCCCGCGCCCGCUACUCAACGUGACGCUGACCACGCUGCCGCCCGAGCAGCGCCCCUGGUACCUGUGGGGCGGCAGGCAGCGCCCUGAGGUGCCUGCCGACAGCGACCAGUGGACGCGCACGGCGUCGCUGUGGCCCGACGAGGACUCCGGCGACCGCAUCGUGGAGCAACUCAUGUUCCGCCCGCCGCUGCCGCCGCCCCUGGAGGACCACCCGGACCCUGCCGCGCCUGACCGCGCGCCGCCCACCUCCAAGAAGAUCCUCAUGUACAACGGCAUGAACUCGUGGGGCCUGAAGGCAGGGCGCGGCCAGUUCCUCAAGCUGCGGUGCCCCGUGGACACCUGCGUGCUGACGGGCAGCCGCUCCGAGCUGACCACUGCCGACGCCAUCCUGUUCAAGGACCACUUCAGCAUGCCGCCCCACGCCCGCGACCCUCGCCAGGUGUGGGUGAUGUUCAUGCUGGAGUGCCCGCUGCACACACAGCACUUCACCAAUAGGGACGUCUUCAACUGGACCGCCACCUACCGCCACGACUCUGACAUCGUGGCGCCCUACGAGAAGUGGGUGUACUACGACCCCGCCGUGAGGCAAAAGCCGCAGGAGGUGAGCUACGCCGCCAACAAGACCAAGCAGGUAGCGUGGUUCGUGUCCAACUGCGGCGCGCGUAACAACCGCCUGCAGUACGCUAAGGAGCUGGCAAAGUACAUCGGUGUGGACAUCUUCGGCGCCUGCGGCACCAAACGCUGCCCUCGCUCCAACUCCGCUCGCUGCUUCCAGAUGCUCAACAAGGACUACAAGUUCUACCUGGCCUUCGAGAACUCUAACUGCCGCGACUAUAUCACUGAAAAGUUCUUCGUCAACGGCCUCAGGGGACUUCCGAAACAAACAAGCCACCACAUCCUGCCAAUAGUGAUGGGGGCGCACCCUGACGACUACGCCCACCAGGCCCCUGAGAAGUCCUACAUUCACGUGGACGACUUUGACUCCCCCAAGGAUCUCGCUGACUACCUUCACCUGCUGGACCAGAAUGAUGACCUUUAUAAUGAGUACUUCAGGUGGAAGGGAACCGGUGAAUUCAUCAACACUUACUUCAUGUGUCGGCUGUGUGGUCUGCUGCACGACGAGGGGCACCAGCAGCACUAUGAGGACAUCAACCAUUGGUGGCGUGGUGGGGGCACCUGCAUCAGUGGGUCCUGGAGGAAGUAUGACAGGUUUAAGCAGGAGUCAGAGAAGAAGAAGAAGGCCCCAGGUAGCAGGUAGAGGGAGGGAGGGAAUUAAGGGAGUGACAAAGAGGUGCACAGGUUAUCAUACAAAGUCCUGGGUGUGUGUGUGUAUCUGUGCGUGUGAUGUCCUGAUCUCUUGAAUGCCGAUUGGGUGACGCGUUUUUUUUUUUACUGUUUGACGUGCACGGUUCUGGCGGUUUCCAAGGGGUGAGGGAGGGAGGGAGAUGGUGCAGAUACAGUCCAGUCAUGUAUAAAUCUUUACUUAGAAGGACUUAUGUGUGUGUGUGAGACUGUGCAUAAGUAAAUGUGUGUAAAGUGUGAAGUGUGUAGUCUGUAAUUGUUAAUCGAUAUCAGUGGUAUUUAUUCUUGUUCAUCUUUGACCAGAAAAGAUUUACAGGGUAACUCUGCUAAGCUUCCCAGAGCAUGAGAGUGUGUGUGUGUGUGUGUUGUGUGUGUCAGUGUCUCUCAUGCAUAUAGUACUGACUCAGAUAUGACAGUGAAGUGAAGUGUGGCAUGGCCUGUGGUGUGUGUGGCAGUGUGGCCCAGUGGUGCUUCUAAGAUGUCAUAAGUGGCACACAACCAAGGCACCACUUGAAGGAGACACCAUUGGGUCAACACAGUAAGUUAUCUAAGGAAACAGGCAUCAGAUUCUUGGCUUGUGGAGAGCAUAAAGUGCCAAUAGAUCCUGUAAUACUAUGUUGUUGUGUUGCGUCUCUCAAGCCAGAAUGUUGCCUACUAGAUACCUCUUAGAUGUGACUGGGCAAUCGUAACCUAACAUCAGCACCUGGUGUGAUCGCGACAAUAGAAACAAUUGUAUAUUUUGACGAGUAUAGACACAGAAGUCACUGGAUAUUGUACUUUUACUUAGGGCAACUGUACUGUAUAUACCGUUGCACACAAACUUAAAAGAAUGCCGACGGAAUAUUUUUAUCCUUGGCGUACACGUCUAGAAGCACAAAGCAGUAUUCUCGAGUGCUGCAUCAGUCAUCCAUCACUUGUACCCCAGUGUGUGUGUGUCUGCCAGGAAUGUGUAGCCUUUAACAUUACACCAAAGACCUUGUACUAUAUAAUUAACCUACGCCAGAGCAUUUUCUAUACUCUUGGUGAUCUUGUUGAUGGCUGUUUUGUACCAGAGAUGCCCAUGUGGUGAAGGGUACUGGUUUCCACGAGGUGUGAGGACUGUGAGGCGUGUAACAAAGCAUAACUAUUAAUGGUGCUGAUUGCUGACUGACUGACUGACUGACUGGCUGACUGGCUGGCUGGUGUGUGGAAACAAGGAGGGGCAUUCAGCUGUCAUUCAUUCGUAGCUCUUUUUACCUCCUGCUGGUGGCAAUUCUCCCAUUACUUUAUAGGAGGAUGUGGUCUUAUGAAGCCAAAUUGAUACAGAAUAAUGCUGCAAAUUACUCAGUCAUUAAUUAUUUUUUGUCAGUGGUAUGAAUCUUUUGAAAUUUAAACUCAAAAACUUGCACCAGAUCAUAUCAUAUCAAACUUGACCUGCAAAAAAACAAUAUGAUUUGAACUAAACUAUCAUUCACUCUUACCAGCAGUGUUGUACCUCUUUCGAAAUCACACUCAGAGCUCCACAGUAACACAUAACUGAGCUUAGUGAGAUGCCACAGCAGUGAAAAGGGUUAGCGGAAAACCAGGAUGAUCAACUUGGAUGUGAAAGUAAGAGUGUUGAAUUUAACUAGUAUGUAUAUGAUUAGAGUGAUAUUAUGAGCUAAAAUGGAGAAGAGUAUUAAUGAAUGAGUUUCUGAUGGAAGUGUUGACAUCUAGAGAGGUGUUUGUGUGUCUUUAAUAUGGGAAUCUGUUUUGGAGUCUUGGAAGUGUUGAAAUUUAUAGUAUAUACUUUUAACAAGAGGAAAAUUUGUGGUAAAACUGAGAGUAAUGUUACUGAAUACUGGAUGAAGUGUUGAAAGCUGGAGAGGUGUUGGUUUGUGAGUUUUAUAACAUUAUGAGGAGAAACAUUGAAAUUUGUACUAUGUGGUGAUGAAGACUGACAUUUGGGGGCUAAAACUGAGAGGAAUGUUAAUGAAUGAGUGUCUGAUGAAAUGUUAAGAAUCUGGAGAAGUGUAAAUUUGUGAGUCUUCAAUAUUAUGACAAGCUGUUUUGGCAUCUUUUUGAAUUAGUGUAGCAAAACAAAACAUCAUGAAUUCCUACAUAUGUGUGUGUGUCUCUUUCUCUCCCCAGCAGGUGGAGUGAGUCAUAUCCCAAUGCCUGUGAAUUAUAAUGCUGUAGUGUUAUCAGUGUUAGCAAUGUUUCUGCCAUUAUCACGUUUUGUUUUGGGAAUGUGUGAGGCAGAGAAGAAACAAUAGGAGACUUGUCAGUUUUUGAGUGAGUGAGUUUGUGAGUGUUUGAGAAGGUGUAUGUGUGUGUGUAUGUGUCUGUGUGUGUGUUAAGCUCUUUACGUCCCAGUUUUUAAUGUUGAAUUGUAUAUUUUUUAUUCAUGUAUUUUUGUCUGCAGGCACGUAUCACUUCCUGUCAUAAUAUGUGUGUGUGUGUGUGUGUUGAUGCUCAUUUUAUCCCGGUUUUGAUACCAAAUUACGUAUAUAUAUUUUUUUUAUCAAUUUCUUUCUUUAUAUAUUUAUUUGAGUAUAUUCUUUGAGACACAUUCCACUUCCAUUGUCAAUGCAUUCCACUGAUCAGUGUAUUGCUUCAUUUAGAUUGAACACUGUAUUGCUGCAAAUUCUUACCUACUCUCUUGGUAAGCUGCUGUAACUUCUGUAUUUCCUUGGUGAUGUAAACCUUCUGUAUCCAUCCUUUCUUUUGUGUAGCCUCUGUAGCCCAUGUUCCUUAAUCAUACCUCCUGUGUGUGUGUGUGUGUGUGUGUGUGUGUGUGUGUGUGUGUGUGUGUGUGUGUGAGUAGGUGGAGUCACACUAGAGGCAACACACAGCCCUGUCAGCUUUAUGAUACAUGUAUAUACUUUAGAUGUACAGUGAGAUGGAUGGAGACAUUCUUUGGUGAUGGCAAUGAAGGGAGGAAAGAGUCGCUGGUAUUGCGAUUGCCGGGAAGAGUCGCUGGAUGAGGUGAAUAGAGUGUGCAGUUCAGGCCAGAAGUAAUGGCACAGGUUUUAAUGACAAUAGGACACUGUGACAAAUAGUAACUCAUUAGUGGAAGAGUCUAGUUCAAAGUUAUAGGGUUCAUUUUUACUUCUCCUUUCGGUUGCUCUCUAGAUUGCCACAGUGGCCAAUACAUUCAACCUUUUACGCCUUCACACACACUUUUAAUUACUUCUCUUCUUUCACUGCAUUCAUACAUCUCUUUAAUCUCUUCAUUCUUACUUACAGAUGAUGAAAGGAGAAAGAUUUAUUUGAUAGUCUGAUUCAGUGCAAUUUAUCUUUCACUCCUUGAAGAGUCUAGUUGGAGGGAAAAGCUUUAGAGUUUGAUUGUAGCUUUUGUAGAUGAAAAGAAAAGAUUUUUAGCUAAUCUGACUCAUUAUAAUCUAGUUAGGGAAAAGUUGAAAGAGUGACUGAGAGAAGAAUGUAAGAGUAAUAGUACCUUACAAAUUACGUACAAAACACAACAGAUUAAAGAAAAAAAAAAAACAUUGGAUUCAUAACUUUUCUUUUCUUAUUGUUCUUAUUUAGAAAUCUGGUAAUCUGUAAUGAUACAACCCUAGAAUCGAGAAAAAAUGAAACACAUGAGAUAGAAGAAUGUAAUAAAAUUGAAGAAAUUAAGAAGGAAGUAAGAAGUAGAAAAAGAAAUGAGGGAAAAAAAAUGAGAAACAUGAAAGUAGGUAUUGAAAUUACAAGACACUAUCCUUAUAACUUUCCUUUUAUUUCAUUCACUUCAUUCAUACUGCGAAAUGUUUUGAUCAGUGACAUUGCUUCUUGGUGUGGCUGUACGUAUAUAUAGGCAUAGUUAUAUAUGAAACCCCUAUAGUCAGUGAGGAGAAGGGAAGGGAAGCAGGGAUGACAUGACAAGCUGUUAGGAGUGGACUUCACUUCUUAUCCAAUGUGCACUGUGAUAUAAACAGUAGUAGUCUCUAUCACACAGAGACAGUGCAGGGAGUGUCCAAGUAUAGGUGUGUGUGUGUGUGUGUGUGUGUGUGUGUGUGUGUGUGUGUGUGUGUGUGUGUGUGUGUGUGUGUGUGUGUGUGUGUGAAGGGGCUGCCAUGAGGAGAUAUGACAACUUUUUGCAGUUUCCCUCUUUUUUUUUUUUUUAUAUCUUUGUUUUAAUAUGUAUGUGUUUGUGUGUGUGUGUGUGUGUGUGUGUGUGUGUGUGUGUGUGUGUGUGUGUGUGUGUGUGUGUGUGUGUGCAUGUGACCUUUGUGAACCAGCCAGCAGACCUCCACUGGCAGAAUAAUCAACAGAAGUGUCAAGGUUACUUUACUGCUGGAUCUUCAUUAUUAUUACCAUUAACUUAUUUGUACACACACAGAGUUACUACAGGUGUACUACCACUAUGUACGUACUAUUACCAUUCGUGCAUCGUCUGUACAUGUUGUGAAAGUAGUUGUUAAGGAUAUUUCUGUUUGUACAUUGUUUUUUCCUUUUUCUUUUCUUUUUAUAUUGAGUUUAGGUUUUUUUUUUAUUAUUGUGAUAUCUUUCAAUGCUGUUUACUGUGUUGUGUUCUUUGGGGUGUUUGUUCUUAAGUUAUUUGUGUGUGUGUGUGUGUGUGUGUGUGUGUGUGUGUGUGUGUGUGUGUGUGUGUGUGUGUGUGUGUGUUCCUUCAGGCAGGGGCAGGAGCAGAAGAAAUGUCAUAGAAAAGAAAACUACAAAAAUUUAUAUAAACUUGUCACCCACCCCCCAAAAAAUUAAAUAAAUAAAGAGAAAAGAAAAUAGAAAAAAGUAUAGAAAUUAAAACUACACAAGAAAAGUUAAUGAAUGAAGUAAAAAAAAAAAGAAGAAAAAAGUGAAAAUAUAUGAGUUAAAACAACACAUAUCUGAAAUUCCAUUCGUUACAUUACAGUUAAGUUGUUGUAUUAAAAUGUGAUAUACGUAUUUUAGCUCUACUUUAGUUCAGGUAAUGAAGAACAGUAUAAAGUGUCAUUCCAUUGAGUGAGACUGAGAAGAGACAUUAACCCCUUCAGUACUGGGACACAUUUUUACUUUAAGAUUUGUGUACAAUUUGACCAUUUUAUUCUCGUUAGGAAGGGUCUAUGGAGGUCAGAAGGUUAAUGGCCUGAGUCUUAAAUCCCCCUUAUAAGUUUCUCAAGCUGCAUCAAACUACCAAAUAAUAUCCAGAAUUUUUUACCUUGAUUUUUUUGUACAAUUAGACCAUUUUAUUGACAUUAGGAAGGGGUCUAUGAAGUGCAGAAGAUUAAUGACCUGAAUCUUCACUAUAUUAAUCCUCCCUAUGUUUCUGAAGCUGUAUAAAACCACCAAACAGUAACCAGAAUUUUAUACCUUGAUUUUUGGGCAAUUAGACCACUUUAUUGACAUUAAGAAAGGUCUAUGGAGGUCAGGAGAUUAAUGACCUAAGUCUUCACUAUAUUGAUCCUCCCUAUAAGUUUCUGAAGCUGUAUUAAACCACCAAAAUAGUACACUAGUUUGAAUUUGGAAAUGUGUCCUGGUACUGAAUGGGUUAAUGUUGUAUCUUUCUCUCCUGAUGUAAUGGAAGUGAUCAAGUGUUGCUGAAAUAGACACAACAUUAUUUUGUUUCUCCUUUUUGCCCUGUUCCUCCUAAUUUGCUUCCAUAGUUCCUCAUUAAGUAUUGUGGCCGGCAGUUAUGUGUGCUGUGUAUCAUGUUCGUCUGUAUGUCUGUUGCUGAGAAAGUUGGCAUUGACUAUUGAAGAAAAGUUCCUUGGAUUUGUUGAGGUGAAGAGAGGGAUACCUGUUUUCUCUCUCUCUCUCUCUCUCUCUCUCUCUCUCUCUCUCUCUCUCUCUCUCUCUCUCUCUCUCUCUCUCUCUCUCUCUCUCUCUCUCUCUCUCUCUCUCUCUCUCUCUCUCUCUCUCUCUCUCUCUCUCUCUCUGUUCUACUUCAUUUCUAUGUGUUUUAAUUCUAAUUAUCAAUCUGUUGGAAUGUCUGCCUAUCUUUCUGUCUGUCUGUCUGUCUAUCUAUCUAUCUAUCUAUCUAUCUAUCUAUAAGUAUCAAUUCAAUUCAAUAUAUAAUGAUACUGAAAGAUUUUGUGUACCUGCUCUCUCUCUCUCUCUCUCUCUCUCUCUCUCUCUCUCUCUCUCUCUCUCUCUCUCUCUCUCUCUCUCUCUCUCUCUCUCUCUCUCUCUCUCUCUCUCUCUCUCUCUCUCUCUCUCUCUCUCUCUCUCUCUCUCUCUCUCUCUCUCUCCCUUGAUAAACCACUCAAGUCCUCAGCUAAGAUACACACUGGAGACAAGAGUGCACACAAUGAUGGAGAUGUGAUACGCUACAAUGCACCAACCAUUCCAUAGCAUUUAAGGCAACACUGGCCUCAAGAUUAAUGGCAUUUUUUAUUUCCUAUUACAACAGCAGAGUCUCACAUCCUACUGCUUAUCAGGACAACAAAAAUAGAGAGUUAUCUUGUAAUGUUUGAAUAUCUAAUCUUUAACAGGCUCUUGUGGAUGUUUUCUUUUUGUUUUUUCAAGGGUGUUGAUAUGAUUUUAGUGAUAUUUUGAUGAGGAUUCCACACAUAUAUCUUUGAAUGGGUCCAGUGGGUGUUGUUAUGGUUUUUAAGAGUGUCUGUGAUUCUAGUUUUUUUUUUUUUUUUAUAUAUAAGGAUUUCAUGUCUAAUAAGCUCCAGAUGUUAUUUGAGUUUUUUUAAGAGUGUUUGAUUCUAGUUUUGGUUUUAUAAGGAUUCCAUGUCUCUAAUAAGCUCCAGUGGAUAUUACUUGAGAUUUUUAAGAGUGUGUUUGUGAUUCUAGUUUUAUUUUUUUAGUGAUCCAUAUCUCUGACAGGCUCUAAUGAAUGUUACUUGUGUUUGAGAGUGUUUUUUUUGUGAUUGUAGUGUUAAUUUGACGAGAAUUCUAUGCUAUGAACUGGAAAGAAAUAUCCAUGAGAGUCUGAAUAAUGAUCUUUUUGUUUUUUUGAGAUUAUCCUCUACAAACUGUGAAGUGUUGAGUGGUGCAAGCCAUUAAUUGUUGUGAGCCUGUGAGAUGUGUGGGAUGUAAGACAAUGCUGUGUUAUUACUAUUUUUAUAGAGUAACAUGACAAAUAUUGUGUAUAUAUUUUUGGGUACUGUAAAGAUUUAAUUGAUGGAGUGAAAAGUAUGUAUAAAUAGGUACUGUAUAUGCUGCAGCUCUUGAAAUGAAAAAAGUGCAGGGCAUUUGUAUACAUUCACAUGGGAAAUGUAUAUGACUGAAUGAGUGAAUAGGUGGCAAACAUUGAUUGUACAUUGACUCGCCUGGAAAACUACAAAUUGGGUGACCAAAUAAGUGGUGGACAUUUUUCUUUUACAUUCAUUUGACUACUAAAAAUUGGAGAAUGGAUAAAUGAAAUGAAUAGAAGUGACCAUUUAAUCAACUGAAAAAGAAAAUCUGGUUAAUAUAUAAUAGAAAUGAGAAAAAAAGAAUCUGCUUAAUAUAUAAUACAGAAUGGAUAAAUAGAGGUGAACAUUUAAUCAACUGAAAAAAAAAUCUGGUUAAUAUAUAAUAGAAAUGAAUGGCUGGGAGAAAAGGAUACCAAACAUUACUGUACAUUAUUGAACCACCUGGA